GGUUACAAGUACCAACACCACCUCGAAACCUUGUGCAACCAGAGGUCGACCGCCUACUUCCAACCGGUGUUAGCAACCAAUGUAGAACGUCUUUUUUAGCGUUUGACGGCAUGUGCAGAGAAGUCGCGAUCUUGCUAGCUGGGUGCUCCGAAGCUGAGCUGAUUGUUCCCAUUCCUCCAAACGGCUCUUCGCGAUUGGUAAAAGACUAAAAUGACUGCCUUGUAUAGUUCAUCUAGGCAUUUGCAGCCGUAAUGCGCAACUUACGAGUUAUUGAACCGCCCCGAAUAUGAGUAUGCUACACGUGUCAUUUGCAAGCGCGCAAUGCUAUCUUUCGCCUAGGAACAUGCGUCUUAUGUAAUACAUCUAGCACAGCCAUAUAUGCUUGAGAAAUGUCACAGGCACCAGAUGCUGCAACACCUGUCAUAGUGGGCCUGGCUUUUCUUCCCAAGAAGCUACCGCGAGUGCUAACGCCUCAGCUGCGAGUCCUAGCAGAGUCCAAAGGGUUGCGCCUUGUGGCUCUGGACCCCCAUGUUCCCUUGGAAGAGCAAGAACCAGGGGGGCAGCGGGCUAAAGGAGCACUGUUAGCUCCUGGGGAACCUCGGGACGGAAGAAGGGAAGCAUUUGACGUCAUCGUUCACAAGCUGCACGCUGAUCCAGUCUGGGAAGCCCACCUAGCUCGCUACAUCGCCGCCCAUCCGCACGUACGGCAACUGGAUCCGCCCGCUGCCAUACAUGCCACCGAGGACCGAGCCGUCAUGCUGGCAGGCAUACCGCCCGGGGGCCUGCAGCUGAAGCUCCGCCUGCCACAACCACAACCCCAACCACUCGCACAACCGCAACCGCCCCCACACUCUGUACCAUCACCUCAGCAGUCGCCGGGGCCGCAGUCAGCGGUACUGCAGUCGCUGCAUGCGCGGCCUCGCGUGCUGCCAGGGCCAGAAUCGGGUCUGGGAGGUACAAGGAUGCAGGGCCCGAGGCUGGAAGCGGAGGUGGCGGUGACGGUGCUGGCGCCGGCUCAGCUGGUGGUGGCCUCCCGAAAGGAGCUCAGGCGGCUGGCCGGCAGUGCGGGGGCGGGGGCGGCGGCCGGCACGCUGGCGCCCCGCGCAAGUCCGCUGCAGCCCCCGUUGCUACUCAAGACCCAGCGAAGCGAUGCUGGAGGAACAGCGGAAGGAACCGCUACUACGGCUGCUGCUACUGCCCCUACGGCGGCCCCCACAGCUGCUACCGCCCCUACUGCUGCCGCUGCUGCUGCUGCAGCGGGCUGUGGCGGACCCGCACCUGCCGUACCCGCUUGUCACCGUCUGGCAGUAGCAGCCUGCUGGUCAGAGCUGGAGGCCCUCGGGCAGGAGCUGCAGCUGCAGCGGCCAGCGCAGGGGAGCGCGGGAGGGGAGGGCGGCAAGGAGGGCGGUGGGGGUGAUGGUAUUGGUGCUGGUAGUACUGCUGGAGGAGGCGAGGGUGAUGAGAGCUGGGAAGAAGGGGGCAGCUGGACACCGCUUGUCGUGCAGCAGUACGUACCGCACACGGAGGAGCUGUACAAGGUCUAUGUGCUGGGCCGGCACGUUCGAGUGGAGCGACGCGCAUCCCUCACCCUGGCGCAGCUGCGUGCCCUGGGGGGCGGCGCAGCGCGCGAAGGGGAGCAAGCAGCAGCAGCAGCAGGGAAAGGAGACAGGCGGGCGGGAGGCCUUCUGGUGCACAACCUCAGUGCCCAGCCCCAAGCAACUGGCGCCAUCAGGGCCCCUGCUGCGUCGGCCGGCGACUCGGACGAUGCAGGGCCCGCGAUUGCUGCUGAGAUGGUGUCUGGUGCGCUGGACGAGCGGAUUCUCCACGCAGUAGCUCAUGCGCUAUCUCAGCGGUUGGGUCUCAGCAUGUUCAAUUUCGAUGCGGUGGUGCCGGUUCCGGAGCACCACGAGCAGCAGCGGCAUGAGGAGCAAAAGCAGGACGUCAAUGCGGCCUCUCAGAAACAGCAGCAGCAGCAGGAGCAGCAGCAGCGGUUGUCGUUGUUCGUUGUGGACGUCAACUACUUUCCGGGGUACGACAAGCUGAGCGGCUGGGAGGAGAUGCUUGUGGACCACCUGCGGGCGGCUGCGGAUGAGGCGGUGGCGGCCAGGGGGCUGUCGUUGCCGGGGGUGUGAGCAGCAGCAGCAGCAGUUGCCUUCAGAGGGACGAGGGAAGUGCAGCAGUAACAGCAAUGAGAAGGGAGAGGGCGAACGCUUAUGUUCAGGAUGAGCGCGUGAUGUGGGAAGGCGUGUCUCGUGCCAUGGGGUUGUGUUUUGGCCGUUGUGGCGUACCGCAUGGAAGGAAGAGGCGAGGGCAGUGAAGAACUGGGACUUGUGUUAGCAUGCAGCUAUACCGGUUAUGUGCCGAAGGAGCCGAAGGAGCUGCAAGAAGCUGAAAAGAAAGCUACAGCUGUGCUGUAGUGUCUCGAGUGUGCUGCACCCUUUUGGAGACUACACGGUUGCCCCACUGUUGCAGCCAUAAUGAGGUUACGAAGUUGGCAAGGGAGCUCGGAGCUUCGGAGAUCUCUACGCCUGGAAACGCCGAACUUUGUUGUGCGGCUGAGC